GAGUACCUAUUUUGUAUCACCUCUUCUUCUCCUCAAUAUAUAUAUCUGGAGUGUGUUCUAAAGAAGGAAAAAAGGGAGGGAUUUUCAUUUACUUUGUUCAUUUAGAAUCAAGAGGUUUUUUGGAGCUUUUUGACUACAUGGGUGAGGAAAAGGAGAACAAAGGGGAGGAGGACAAGAAAGAAGAAGAGAAGAAGGUAGAGGAAAAGAAAGAAGAGAAGAAAGAAGAUGAAGUUCAAGAAAUUGUGCUCAAAGUUGAUAUGCAUUGUGAAGCUUGUGCCAGAAAAGUUGCAAGAGCCCUCAAAGGUUUUCAAGGAGUGGAGGAAGUAACGGCGGAUUCUAAGGCAAGUAAAGUGGUGGUAAAAGGGAAAAAUGCAGAUCCUCUCAAAGUGUGUGAAAGAAUUCAAAAGAAAAGUGGUAGAAAAGUGCAAUUAAUUUCGCCUUUGCCUAAACCACCAGAAGAAAAUAAAAAGGACGAAAAGAAAGAGGAGCUGCCCAAAGAAGAGAAGAAAGAUGAGCCUCCACCAGUUAUAACAGUGAAGAUGACAGUUCAGAUGCAUUGUGAUGCAUGUGCACAAGUACUCCAGAAACGAAUCCGGAAAAUUAAAGGCGUUGAAUCUGUAACGACGGACCUAGGAAACAAUCAAGUCAUAGUAAAAGGUGUUGUUGAUCCAGAAAAGUUGGCGAACGACGUGUACAAGAGGACAGGGAAGCAAGCUAUAGUAGUGAAGGAGGAAGAGGUAAAAAAGGAAGAAGAGAAGAAAGAAGAAGAGAAAAAAGAGAAAGAAGAAGAAAAGAAAGGAAAUGAAGAAGAAGGAAAAGGCAAAGAGGAAGAUGAUAAGACAACAACAGAUAUCAAGAAAAGUGAAUAUAUGCAUCAAAGGGACUACAUUUUCAUGGAGUAUGCUAAUUACCCCCCUCAGAUUUUCAGUGAUGAGAAUCCUCAUGCUUGCUCUGUCAUGUAACCCUUUAGGUUACUCUUUGGCAAGUGGUGGAGUCUGGAAUUCUGACAAAUCGAUUGAAAAAAUCGAAAAAAUGUUGAGCUUAAGAUUUGAAACUUCUUCAUGUUCAAUUUUCCAUAUGCUUUGGUCUAGUAUAUGCUAAUAAAUAUAUAUUAAUUGGCAAUUUGAGAGAUAUUUCUCUUCAUCUCUCUAGUACUUUGGUGUUUUGGUGCUAUAAGGUGUAAAACAAGAUGUACAUAUACUUUAAAAAGUUCCAAACUUUUGAGCUUAAUUAGAAGGUUUAUGGUGUUAAUGUUUA